AGAAAAAGGAACCAAAAAAAAAACCGCGCUGAUGCUUCUGAUUGCUUCGUCUUCCUCAAACUCAAAUCCCAGGGUUGAGCUUGGUUUUAGCUAAUGAGUCCUUUCUCGGAGCGAAUUCGCAUGAUUGUCGCUGCUAGUUUCGUUUGUUCUGUAUGGUAACUUAAAUUUUGAUCUCGCGGAUACAGUAAUUGGUUUGAUUAAUAUGAACAGUUUUGGUUGAGAGUAUGUAAAUUUUUCCAAGGAAAAUAAAAAUCCAAUGGACUGUACUAAUGCUAUUUUUUGCAUGAUCUUGUCAUUCACUUGGGGUUGAACCAUGCGGCCUAUGUUGCUAUUUCUGGAUGGCAUAAUUCUCAGUCUCCUCUUAUGUGGACAAACUAGUUAUGUUCUCUUGAUGUUCUUUGUCUCAUGUCCACAGUGCAGUUCGGAUUAUGUCUUAGGCCAGUUUCGGAACUGUAGCCAUUGUUUCGGAUUAUGUCGUAGGCCAGUUUUGUGACUAUGUAGUGAUUGAUCGUCUCACCGUUGUGCUCCUUGAAGGUCUCCAACCCGGGUGAUCCCAUUUGAGGGUUAUGGGAAUCGGAGAUAUGCAGUCGAAAUCUGAGAGCGGAAACCAAGUAGUUGUUUCAGAUGUGCAUCCUGUAUCCUCCUCAUCUAUAAUUUCCUCAGAACCUUGGUGGCGUGCUGUUGGCUAUAAUGCAAAUUCUUUUGUGGAAGCUGGAGAGAAGGGAGAGAAUUCCGGGAAGCUAUCUGUGUCGGAAAACCAAAAUACUUUUGAAUCAAAUGGCGCAAAAUUACCGCCUAAUAAUGCUGGAGUAGAUAGAGGUGAUCAUUCACACAAGGAAUCACAUGUCACAGCAUCCUCCCAAUCAGGUGGAGAAUACACAGCUGACAAUCAAGAACUUACACAUCUCUUAUCAGUUAUACCUGCUGCUGCAAGUGAUGAAUGCCUCACACAACCUCCUCAGCUUGAACUUAUUGGGCACUCAGUUGCAUGUGCAUCAUGGAAACAAUUCCAAGAUCCAUAUUAUGGGGGAAUGAUGGGAUCAUGUGGACAUCAGCCUUUGGGUUUUGUUUCGUACGGUGAGAUGCCUCAUACAAGAAUGCCUCUGCCUCCGGAGGUGGCUCAAGAACCAGUUUACGUUAAUGCUAAACAAUAUCAGGCGAUCGUGAGACGAAGGCAGGCGCGUGCAAAGGCAGAGCUAGAGAAGAAGCUCAUAAAAUCGAGAAAGCCUUAUCUCCAUGAAUCUCGGCAUCAGCAUGCAAUGAGGAGGCCAAGGGGUAGUGGAGGGAGGUUUGCUAAGAAAACAGAAGAGAAGGGCAAUGCCGAUGACACAUCGUACUCUCCGGUGCACCAGGGCUCGGCUUAUAAGAGAAGGGAAGAAGGAGACUGUUUGGGUCAGCAAUUGAACAGCAUGUCUUCUACGGCAAACCGGCCUUCUCAAACACGUCUUGCCAUCAAGUGACCGUACACUGUCGGUGCCCAGAUGGGGAAACACGGUCUGGACGCGGCAAGUCAUUCUUGGCUCUCUCUCUCUCUUGUACAUAUGGAUCGGCGUAGCUUUCUUGUUUGACGUAAGCCAAAAGGUUUGUUGGGGCAUUAUCAAAUAUAUAUUUACUUUUUGCUGGACUUCAGAGUAUAUCUUUUUACAUCAUUUACAUGAUUUUUUGUCUGA